UCACCCCCCGCGAGAAAUGAGAGUGCAUCCAGUAUGUCUUGGACGCCGUCAAUCGAAGCCUCACUCAUUGACCAUCUCAACCCAGCACCCACUGUUGCUCCGACCUCCCCAACACCAAGAGAACCACCACAAAACUCUCCUCUACAGUCGCCCACAGCUCCCGCCUCAGGCCCUCAACUACGCCCCGUUCUCGGGCCAACCCGGCCCCCUCGACUCAAAUCCACCUUAGCACAGCCCGAAACAGCCGCACAACCAGAAGAAGAAGCCGACCUCACCUUCCUCGACCCCCAAGAAGGAGAAGCAGAAGGGGCCUCCACGAACCCGCCACCAUCUCCCUACACCCAAACCCGCACCCUGCUGCACAACCUGACCCUGCCCGCCCACCCCAACAUGGACAUCCCCCCCUCACCGCCAGGCACCCCGCCGCCGGGCCACGACGCCCUCACGUCCAAGUUCUCCACCUUCCUCAACCUGAAACGCACACAAGGCGUGCACUUCAACGAGCGGCUUGCCGCGUCGGCGGGGUUGAAGAACCCCAGCAUAUGCGACAAGUUAAUGGGAUUCGUCGGGUUCGAGACUGAGUUCUCAGCGUCAUCAUCGGAAGACACAACCCGAGGAGGAGGAAGAGAGGAUGAUGGCGCAGAGGUUAUCGACAGGGCGGUGGGACAGUACGGCACGGUGCUGAACGCUGAUGUGUGGGAUAGUGGGAUUAGUUUCCCGCCGUGGGCUUACAAAGGGCCGCUGAGGAGGGCUCAAGAACGAGGCGCGAAGGAGAGGGAGCGUGGAAGGGGGGAGGCGAUCGAGUUUGUCAAAGCAAGUGGAGCGACUUCCGGCGGUGGUGGUGAUGGGGGAAGUGGUGUGUGAAGUGGGGCUGGGACGCCUGGGCUGGCUCAAGGGUAGUGCAAGAGGAGGGGGAGAUGGGAUACGUGAAGGGGAAUGAUUGGUAUGGAAACGGAGGUCAAGUUGUCAGUGGUGUGGAUGACCACAGAUACUCCAUACCGCAGCUGCAAUGGUGGUCGUGAUACCCGGUGAGAAGUGAGGAAGACUGCGUGAAGUACGGUACGAGGAGUCAGCGGUUAGGGACGACCAUGUGGUGAUAAGUCUUGCGAGGUGUAUACCUGUGCCAACCAUCAACAUACAGGCUCCUUCAAUCUGGUUCAAAGGCAAUUG